UUUGUCCCUUUCAUAAUAUUUAUACAAUUCACACAGGUUUUAUCGAGGGAGAGAGAGAGGGGCUGUUGAAGAACUGAAGACUCACACUUCUUCAAUUUCGAUGACUACAAAGGUUUUGACAAGGUGAAAUUAUAAGAAUUGAAGAUGGGUAGUUGCAGUGAAGAACAAGAAGAUGAUUUCUUUGAUGCCCGUGAGGUGUUCGCUUCAAUGUCUGACUCGGGUUCCGAUUGCUCACCAGAGGACUGUUCUACUUCUGGGUUUGGAUAUGAUUAUUGGGUUGGGAAUCUGGAUAGUGUCGAUAUUCGUCGGGAUAAACUCUUGAGAUUCAUGGGUUUGAAUUCUAGAUGGCUUGUAAGAGACCCAGAAGAGGAAUAUGAAGAUGAUUUUGUUGAUGAAAUAAGAGAAGACACCAUGCUUGUAAAAUCAGACUUUCAGGAUGGAUUUUUGUAUAGGCAGCCAUCUUUGUGUGAUUGGUCAAAUAAAGGCAUGGAGUUGGUGACUUCUGGUUCUGUGAAGGAUCAUCUCGUAGUCAAAACUGGAAACUGGGACGAAUCAGGUGAAGACAUGUUGAUGAAAAGAUCAUUUGACUUCGAUGGUUCCAAUGAGAUGAAAGGAAAUCUUGAUUCAUCUUCUCAGCGUUCAUCACAAAGAGAACGUGAAACCGUUGGUUUGUUAGAUAGGAGAAAGAAAUGGAAGAAGGGUUGGCUCCAAAAGCUAAAUAUUAUGGCUAGAAUCACAGAUAGACAGGAGGAUUCAGUGAGUUUGAAGCCCAAAUACACAAAUUCAAAGGGGAGUGGUUGUGGUCGCUCAGUUCAUGUACAUACACACAAAAAGAAAUCAAAAGAAUUAUCAUCCCUUUAUGCCACACAAGAGUUUCCAGCACACAAUGGCGCUAUCUCCAUGAUAAAGUUCAGCCAUGAUGGCAGAUACUUGGCAAGUGCUGGUGAUGAUGGUAUGGUGCGCAUUUGGGAGAUUUUUGAAGAUCAAGAUCCAAGAAUAUAUGAGAUUCAAGGAACCGAUCCUUCAUCUUUUUCCUUUUCAACUAAUCAUCUCUCUGAAUUAGCCCCUCUCCAAGUGGAUAAAGAGAAAACCCGUAAGAUUAAAGGUUUCAGGAAAUCAUCAGAACUGGCUUGUGUUAUUCUACCACCUAAAGUCUUCCGGAUCUUGGAGAAACCUGUGCAUGAGUUCCAUGGGCAUGGUGGCGAGAUAUUGUCCCUCUCGUGGUCUAGAAAAGGGUAUCUUCUAUCAUCUUCCGUUGAUAAAACUGUUCGAAUGUGGCAAGUUGGACACGAUGAAUGCCUCAAAACUUUUACCCAUAACAACUAUGUGACAUGUGUUGAGUUUAAUCCGGUGGAUGACAACUAUUUCAUCAGCGGCUCCAUAGAUGGUAAAGUACGAAUCUGGGAUGUCCAUCGUUGUCAGGUUAUCGAUUGGAUUGAUAUUGGCGAUAUUGUCACUGCUGUUUGUUAUUAUCCAGAUGGGAAGGGAAGCAUUGUGGGAACCUUAGAUGGCAAAUGCAGUUUCUAUGAUAUCAUCGAUGAUCGGCUGCAAUUGCGUACUCAAAUAUAUUCAAUGAGUAAAAAGAAGUGGACAAAGAGAAUAACUGGAUUUCAGUUUUGCCCGACCGACUCCAGGAAAGUUAUUGUUUCGUCAGCGGAUUCACAAGUGAGAAUCCUUUGCGGAAUCAACCUCGUAGGCAAAUUCAAGGGGAAUAGAAGUUCAGGAAGCCAAAUGUCGGCAUGCUUUACAGCCGAUGGAAAACACAUAAUCUCAGCUGCUGAGGAUUCAAACGUAUACGUGUGGGACCACACUAGCGCCGACAAACUCUUUACGAAACCCAAAAGCAAUGUAUCAUACGAAAACUUCUCAUCACAAAACACAACAAUGGCCAUACCCUGGUGUGGUAUCAAAAGCAUAGCAGCAGCACUUCCAUCCCCAAGAUUUGCAUCAAAUAACAAUAACAAUACCAAUAAUGUCGUCGUUCCAAGAAGCACGAUAGAUUCACCCAGAAUGCCGUCGCCAUCAACCAACCGUGGGUUUUUCUUGGAGUCGUUGCUGAAGGCACCGCCAACAUGGCCGGCUGAGACACUCCCGGAUUCAACACAAGUGUGUGUUUCGCCUUCGAUGCGUAAAUCAGAGUACAGGUUUUUGAAAAGUGCGUAUCAAAGCACUUUUGUGGCUCCACAUAUGUGGGGUAUCGUCAUUGUUGCAGCUGGUUGGGAUGGGCGGAUUAGAACGUACCUGAAUUACGGGUUACCGGUGCGGCUGUGAAACCUUGUGUUAGUACAUAAUAUAGAUCAUUUUACAAGAAUUACAGUUAUACACAUGUAUACUUACGAAUAUGGUUUCUGAUCAAAGAAACUGAUUUGGGGUUUU